CGAAUGUUUCAGCGUAGCUCGCGGGUGGAGCGUCCGCCCUUCCUGCGGUUGGAAACUGACGUAAACUGAGCAGGCAGGCAGAGCUCAGCGUUAAUUAAACGCUUAAAAAUAAUAAUUUGACUGAAAGUCCACAUCCUCCUCCUGAGCUCGUUGCAUUUUGAGCCAAACCGGAAAACGCAGCCACCGAGAAGGAGAUAGAAAGCAGGCUGUAACCUGGCGUUGACAUGGCCGACCUGCUGAGGCUGCUGCUGCGGGUGGCUGAGAAGGCCGCAAACGUGGCUCGCAUCUGCAGACAAGAGGCUCCUCUCUUUCAGCUCCUGGUGCAGGAAAAGACCGGAGAAGACAAGAACAAGAAGUUUGUGCAGGACUUCAAAACACUCGCCGAUGUGGUGAUUCAGGAGAUGAUCCGGCAUGACGUGAGAGCUCAGUUCCCAGAGAUGGGUGGGUUCAUUAAUGGAGAAGAGUCAAACAAGUUUGAAAAUGGGCUUGGAGAAAGUGUGACUGUUACCGUGUGCAGCACAGAGGAGGAGACCGCAAAGCUCCUGGCCACCGUGUUGGACGGCGACCAGACGGCGGCGUCUCUGCUGGCUAGGGCCGUCCACCAAGACCCGUCCACCAUCGAGGCGGGCACAGACGGACUCACAGUUCCGCUUAAACCCUCUGAGCUCGGCGUCUGGAUUGACCCCAUAGACGCCACCAGUCAGUACAUAGAAGGGCGCGAGGAAGUGGUGGAAGAGGGCCGCCUGUCUCCUUCAGGUCUGCACUGUGCGCUGGUUCUGAUCGGGGUUUACCUGCGGAGCACAGGUGAGCCCGUCAUGGGCGUGAUCAACCAACCGUUCAACAACAAAGAUCUUGCUGGCACAGGCUGGAGAGGAAAGCACUACUGGGGCGUGUCCUGCGGCAGCACGAACAUCUGCUCAGAGUCCAGACCAGGAGAGCGGUCUGAGGGAGGCCUGUCCGUGGUGCUGAGCUCCAACGAGAAGCAGUCGGUGAAGGAAGCUCUGACCUCAGUGUGCGGCCCAGACAAGCUCAUGUACGCUUCUGGAGCCGGCUACAAGAUCCUGUGCGUCAUCCAGGGCCUGGCGGACGCCUACGUCCUGUCAGAGGGCAGCACCUUUAAGUGGGACUCGUGCGCUCCUCACGCCCUGCUGCGGGCCCUGGGAGGGGGCGUGGUGGACUUGGCUUUGAGUCUGCAGCAGUCAGAGAGCGGAGCACAGGAUCCCAGGACAGAACUGACAUAUCACCAGCCUCGCGCUGAUCGAUCCGGAGCAGUCCGCUGGGCCAAUCAUGGCGGCCUUGUGGCCUACAGAGACGCUUCUCAGCUCCGCAGCAUCAUGGGAGCCCUGAGAGGCAAACUGUAGGUAUAAAAAAAAAAAAAAAAAAAA